ACGUGCGCUAUUGUUUAUCUGUUGGUUUUCAGCGUUUUCAGAGCAUUUAAUCGCUCUCUGUUCCGUCAUGGUAUUUUUAUGUUGCAUUCCUAUUUGCAAAAAUGCCAAGUCUGGCGCCGACCAGAAAGUAGGAUUUCAUCCUUUUCCAUUAAUCACUGCACAACGCGAAAAAUGGAUUGAAUUUAUUGGCGCAGAUUUAGCAAAAUUUCGCUGGCGGGGAAAAUACAUUUGUUCUGAUCAUUUUCUACAUUCAGAAAUAAUCGAGGAAAACGAUAAGAAAAAACUACUUGACGGAGCUGUCCCAAUGAUAUUCAGCCAAGCAGAGUUCGACGAAGAUGCUUUUCUUGAAAGGGACGAUUUGAUGGUUUCAAAAGAACCUGUUAAGCAAACUAUUUCGAAUGAAAAUAGCACUGCUACUGGCUGUCGAGAGCUGCGUAAGCAAUUCUGUAGGCUUUGUCUCUCAAAACGAUCUGAUUUGUUGCCUUUUACUUCUAAACUGCACAACGUAACACUGACAGACAUUAUAUAUACUAUUACCGGAAUUAAACUUGAAGCAAACUUUCUAAUGCCUACAAAAAUCUGCACUAGUUGCGUCUCCAAGUUGGACUUGGCUUUCAACGUGCGAAUUGAAGUAAUACAUAAUGAUAAAAGGGUGAAAAAUUUACUAAAAAAUCAGCAAUUGGAGUAUCACUAUAAAUUCUAUGACAGCCAUCGAUUCGAGGCAAAAAGCGUAAAUUACGAUUAUUUGAACGAUUUGUUAACAACAGUUAAACAGGAAAAGGAAGAACCGGGAUCCUGUUCUAAUAUUGCUAAAACGGUACCGUUAACGGGUAGUCUCGUCGUAACGUUUAAAGAGCCUGUUAAGCAGGAAUGUCCACCCUCUCCUCAGGCAAUCGGAAACGAACUUUUCGAAGAAAGUAUUGAAGAAGAACAUCUACUUGACGAAGAAGCUCUUGUAGAUAAUACAUAUGGCAUGCCAAGCGUACCCCCAGUUCAAGAUCAAAUUCAAAACAAAACUGAACCGUUCGUAGAGCAUCAAAACUCGGCUAAUCAGUUAAAGCAAGUGAUAGACAGCGAUUCAGAAGACGAUUCUAACUUUGGGAAGAACAAGUUUGUCUUUUCAUGGAAAGAAUUAUAUACGCCGAAAGAAGAACCGAAACCAAGGCGUACUUUUGAACCCAAACCAAAACCAAAUCUUAUCCCGUUUACUUGUUAUACUUGCAAUAUUUCUUGCAAAGAUAAUAACGAGUUAGAGAUACAUCUCGAGGAACACGUUAAUUUAUUGCCGUUUACGUGCACUGAAUGCACAACAAAUGAGCAGCAUAAAGUGGAACUUAAAUCGCUGUAUGCACUUAACAAACAUUUGGAAUCACAUCUCUAUCCAUAUAAAUGUGAACACUGUCCAAAUAGGUUCUUAAACGGUAAUUCGUAUCUAAAACAUUUAUCUAAUCAUCAUGAAUUACACAACGAUGGCUUUACUUGCGAUUAUUGUGGGCAGCAUUUCACCAAAAAACCACCAUUCCAAAGGCAUAUAGCGAAGCAUCGCGCAAUGGAAGAGGGCAGAUUUACCUGCGAAUUUUGUGGUAGAGCAUUCAACUGUAAUGCUCUGCUAAGACGACAUUUGCGUAUCCAUACCGGAGAAAAACCGUACGAGUGCCGGAAAUGUGGCAAGCGAUUCAACCAUGCGGCAAAUUUCCAAAAUCAUAAACGCACGCAUACUGGCGAACGGGCCUAUCAAUGCACCGAAUGCGACAAAACGUUUAUAUGCAGCACUACGCUGCGAUACCAUAUGGCAUCCCACGAACCUGACAAUCCAAAAUACCGCAUUCAAGCUUCAAUUCAACGGCCACGUUAUUCUGUUUCAGCUGCCGAGAACAACGGGGUCAAAGAGUACAAGUGUGAUGUACCCGGUUGUGACUUCUCUACCCGGCUGUAUCGAGCUCAUUUUUACCAUAGGAGCAUGCAUCGAAAACGUUUUCAAUGUGAAAUCUGCGAAAAACGAUUUCCUCUCAAGGCAAAUCUUAAAAAGCACGUUGCAGUUGCCCACGAAGGCAAGCAGGAACCAAGGGAUAAACCAUGCCCGUAUUGUCCGAAAAUGUUCAGCUGCCGUCAAAAACUAAGCAUACAUAUUGAUGUGCAUGAAAACAAUCGCAGGCACAAGUGUCGCUUCUGUGAGAAAAGCUUCGUUCAGAAGGUGAACUGUGCUGCUCACGAAAAAAUCCAUACCGGAGAACGACCGCAUAAGUGCCGCUUCUGUGAGGCGGCAUUUAUUUCGUCUUCUGGAAGGACAAAGCACGAAAAAACCCAUCAGGAAUGGCAACAGUUAAAACAAAAAAAUGAAACUAUACAGCAAGAAGACACUGUCGCCGAGGUAGUCGAUUUUGAUGCUUGCAAAGAAACCGGUUAUUACGUAGAAGUUCAACAGGACGGCGAGGCAGAGGAUCUAGUGGAAUAUGCGCCGGUUUGAAUGUUUACUAAUGGGUAACUGAAUCAAUGCUUCAUAAAGAAAAUCUUAUCCAUAUGUUUGCGCUUAAUACACUAAGGUCCUUUUUACAACGUUUUUUUUUUCAAUUACUUUAAAACUGUGCAACUUAGGGACCAUUCACAAACUAUGUGACGCACUUGCGCCUCCCCUAAAUGCAUUGCAUAAUUUGUGAAUGAUCUCCACUGUUUUCAACAAAUGAAAAAAUAAACUGUGUAAAAAAUACUUAGUGUAAAACUAUUCUAUGUAUAAUCUAAUUUUCAUCUGUCUGACGUGCGGCAGAUUAUGCAUAAA